AUGUCCUCUCUCGCUCUCCGCCCUGUCCUUGGUGCGACGUCGCGCUCAUGUCGUGCUCGGCCCUCGCCCACGCACGUUUUCGUCUGGAGAACGUGCCGGAGCUUGUCUACCCCCGCCCCACACGAACCCACUCCGCACUCGAACGCGCCCGACCCCGGUCCGGCUCUGCUUUCUGCAAACGCGUCUAGCUUUCCUCCGUCGCUCAAGUCCACAGGCGCACCAGGUUCUUCAAAUUCAGGGAAGGAUCAUCAUGGCGAACUGUCAGACCAGGAAUGGGAGAUUCGUACAGGACGCGGCAUAUACAUUCUCCAACAGACCCUCCCUACCUUCUUCUCUACAGGUCUCAUUUCCUCCGUCGACACCUCCUCCGGCCACAACACGAGCUCUCGCGCCAAAGACGACAGCGAGGAUACAACCAUCUACAGCCCGAACAUCCGCCUCACCUACCGCCCGCCCACACCCUUCCCGCCCCCCUUGCAAAUCGAAGGCCUCUCCAUCUACCUCGCAUCGUCCGUCCUCCUCCGCCACACCCUGAACGCGCUCUACACCGACCUGCGCGUCGAGCUCCAGCGCGUCCGGGUGCACGGCCCGCGCUCCUCGUCCACCUCCGGCCUGAGUGCCGACGAGCCACGCACCGAGCCGACCUCGCAGACGCGCAGCAUCCGCGAGAAGAGCCUCUUCGUCAACUUCUCCGUCCGCGGCAUGAACCGCGUCAGCAAGGCCGAAGCCGGCUGGGAAGUGAACUCGACGUACACGUUCUCGCCCGUGACGGGUCUGAUUCACUUGCAUGUCAUCGACUCCAUCCACCCCGCGCCGCACCAAGCCUUCUUCGACGCCCUCCAGGCCGCGCUCAACAAGAUCGGCCUCGGUCGCUCCUCGGACCCCCGCGAAGGCGCGGGCGCGGGCGGCAUGGCGCGCACCUCAUCCAGGCCUCCUGCACCAGAUCGGUCAUGAAGCUUGCCCCAUAUCGUAGUAUUUACCUAGUUGGCACCGCUGUACCUGUACCUUCCACACACGGACAUAAUAGAAACC